AUGGUACCCUCACAUAACGUGUUAAUGACUUUAUGGACUGUGGUUAAGGUAAGUGUACCAUACGCAAGCUUGUUCACACUUGUGACAGUGAGAUGUGGCCAUUGUACCAAUUUGCUCUCUCUCAACAUUGGAGUUUCACUUCAUCAAAGCUCUCCCCUUCCCAUUCAUCAAGAUCUUCAGCAGAAUAAGCAACACAUAACCUCUUCGGUGACAAGAAAAGAACACGGAUCAUCUUCGAAGAGCUACAAUCAUUUCUCGACCACAUUGUCAGAAAAUGUAGAACGAGAGGCUCCUAGAAUGCCUCCUAUUCGUCCGCCUGAGAAAAGACAACGCGUUCCUUCGGCCUACAACAGAUUCAUCAAAGAGGAAAUCCAAAGGAUCAAGGCUGGUAAUCCAGAGAUCAGCCACCGCGAGGCGUUUAGUACAGCUGCGAAAAAUUGGGCACAUUUUCCUCACAUUCACUUUGGAUUAAAGCUGGAUGGCAACAAAAAAGGCAAGCAAAUAGACCAGACAGUUGCAGGCCAAAAGUCUAAUGGCUAUUACUAA